CACUCAACAACGUGCCUCUUUUCCCCCUCAUAUAAAACACAAUGUUAAAGUCAAGUGGAUUUUUUACUGACCAAGAUAAGGCUAAUGCUGCUAACGCUUUUGAAUUUGCUACCAAAUCGCUGGUGGAAAAGAAGGCCAGAGAAAAUAUUAAAGCAGAAGAGGACAAGAAUAAACCAAGAUAUGUACAACGAGAUGUUUUCAUUAAAGAUAGUAGUUCCGGAUUGAGGGAAGAUAGACCAAAGGAAGAAAAGAAAAAAGACGAAGAUGAUGAAUAUGACUAUCUUCUUGAGGAAGAUGAUGAUGAAGAAUUGAGAUCACUCAGAGAACGAAGACUUCAAAUUUUGAAGGAAGCAAACUCAAAGAAAAUGGAAUUGAUUAAUACACGCCAACACGGUAAAUAUGUGGAAGUUGAGGAAGGAGCAUUUUUGGAUACCGUGCUCAAGAGCAAGUAUUGUGUUUGUCACUUUUUCCAUAAUGACUUUGAAAGAUGUAAAAUUGUUGAUAAGCAUUUAGGAACUCUCUGUCAAAAGUAUUGGCAAACCAGAUUCUUCAAGGUUAAUGCUGAAAAGGCUCCAUUUUUCAUUUCUAAACUCCAAGUCAGAAUGCUUCCAGCAGUUAUUUGUUUUAAGGAUGGUGUAAUGGUGGACAGAUUUGAUGGUUUUGAGGAAUUGGGAGGUGCUGAUGAUUUCCCAACAGUUAAAAUGGAUAUGAGAUUAAUCCAAUCGAAAUGUGUUGGAGCUGACUUGCAAUUGUAAAUUAUUAAAUAUUUAACUAACUUAUUUUC